GAUAUAAGUUUGCCCUUUCCAACAUGGCGGGUACUGUAACGUCAAGGUGUUUUGUGUUGUCAUGUUUGGAUCUGUAACUCGUGAUUGUACUGCAACUGCUUCGAAAAUGAGGAUGUGGAGUUUUAUUUCUUCUUUAAAAGACGAGUUUCGAGUCGAAUUGAAGAUAGAAAUGCUAAACUUCUGUUUGGAGUCACAACACGGUCCCCUUGUCUCAUCGGAGUGAGAAUGUUUGUGUUUCUCCUGCUAUUCGUCCUGCAGCCAGCAGAGGGCGCCAACACAACAAUCUCCUGCUUUAACGACCAGGGACACGCAGUUGAUUGGUUCUACAUUUACAAACUGCCCCACCCUCACCAUCAGCCCCUGGAGGAGGGUCUGAAGUACCUGCUGCUGGAGAAGCAGAGUGAGGGCUGGACGGAGGGUGGCAGUCUGGUGGGCGAUAUCACAGGGGCUUUGGGGCGGAGCCUCGGGCCGCUAUACAAGAAUGGUGAGCUGGGGUACAUCCUGUAUAACGAUCAGCCCCCCCAAAACCAGCCACAUGUGGAUGAUGCAAACAGAAAAUCAGGACACACCAAAGGUGUGGUUUUGUUCGACAGCAGACAGGGCUUUUGGUUGGUCCACAGCACUCCUAAUUUCCCGCCUCCCAAAACCGAGGGCAAGUUCUCCUACCCCAGCUCGGGCAUCAACAACGGGCAGAACUUCAUCUGCGUCACGUAUCCUCUGGAGCGCUUCGACACCAUUGGUGAGCAGUUGACAAUAAAUCAGCCACAUGUCUAUGACUGUGACAUUCCCAAGUCUCUGGCCUCCUCCGUGCCCAGCAUGGUCAAGCUCUGCAAGCACCAGCACGGGUGGAAAAACUCCAGCGUCACAGACGGUUCCUUCUCCUCGCGUAAUCGCAGCGUCUCUCUGCUCUCGCUGGCUGGGACGGAGUUCAUCAGCUUUGCGAAAGGAGCUGCUUUUGGGAACGACCUGUACCAUGCCUGGGUGGCUCCCACGCUGCAGACGGACCUGCUGGUUCAGUUCUGGCGUCGCUCAACCGGUGUCCUCCCGUCCGACUGCUCCCCCAGCUGGAAGGUUCUGGGCGUGCACCUGCUCUCUCCAGGUGGUCAGAUCACCUUCAAAGCCACGGAGGAUCACUCCAAGUGGGCGGCAAGUGCGGGAGGAGGUGGACUAAGGGGCGGGUCCUGGGUGUGCGUGGGGGACAUUAACAGGAACGAGGCAGAGGAAAAGCGAGGGGGCGGGACAGUGUGCCGGCAGGACGUCGCCGUGUGGAAGGCGUAUCGAGCGGCGGCACUGCAGUGUGACUCGUGCAAGGGUAAAGUGGAGGAGUGCGAGACCGCACGGUUUUACCACUGACAUGUAGCGGAGUGCAAAAGUUUGUGCGCCUUCAUUUCAAAUUUUAUCCACUUCUCCAUCUCGUCUUUUUAUGAACUUGACAGAUCGCGCCUGUUUAAACCCUUCCUGCCUUCAAUAAGACUUAAUGAAGUCACUUUAAGUCAUGAGAUAAAUGAGGAACAUUUACAUAAUUACUGAGGGAGUGUCCUCACUGGGGAUUUAUUUUUACUUGUAAUGGAGCAUUAAAUUAAGUAUAACUUUAAAAAGGUACAGUUCUUCACCCAGAAUCCAAGAGGGUGUGAAAACAUUUGCACUUAACUGGACACUGGGGGAAAUGCACAAUACUGAUGCUGUACAGAAUAAUGGUACAUAGUAGAACGAGGCAAGAUUUAUUAUUAUUAUUAUUAUUGUCUGUAUGGAAGCUGCUAAUGUUCACAUCUCUUAAAAUAUAUAAAAGAAAUCUAAAUAUAUGCACAGUGAUGUGUGUGAGGUUUAUAACAGGAGUCAGGAGAAAUGAACUUAAUUCUUUUUUUUUUUUUCCCCCGGUUUAUUGACUACACUUGGCAGAUUUUUGUGUGAAUAAACUUGAAUAGGUUUUUUUUUUUUAAAUGUAUAAAUCUUUUUUUUAACCUCUAAUUAUUGCCAUGUAAUUGGUUAAUGGGUUGUGUUUUGUGAUUUAUCUCCUAGCAUUAGUAAGUAGUACAUAUAAAUAGUAAUAAAUAAAUGAAUAAUAAUAAUGUUAAGGGAUCAGGAUUUUUAACAAGUAGGGGUUGGUAGUGUUUUUUUUUUUUUUUUUUUCUUCUCUUUAACAAAAGUACAACAAAAAUGUUUCUGAUGAGAUUCUUUUAAUCCUAUAUGCACAUUGAUUGAUUAUUAGUCUAGACACUGGAGCUUUGAGACAAGCAUUUCUCAGGGUGCUAAUACUUUUUAAAAUAUUUUUGUUUUUAUUUUUAAAUUGAAAAAUGAUUUUGAAAAUUUUUACAUGUCUUUUUAUAUCAUGUAAUCAAGACUAUCAUAUGCAGAAUUACAGAUGGAUAGAAUUUUAUAUAUCGUAAAAUUAGAUUUAAAAUUUGAAGAAUAACUAUGACAGCAUAAUUAAAAGGGAAAGCCAGAAGGUGUAACAGUCCUGAGGGAGCUCUGGGACAGAAAGCAGCGACCACUCCGCAGUCGUCAAACCCUGGGGGGGGAUAGCAUCCAUACAGCCCAGUUUACCAAACCACUUUAUGCCUGAGGACCUUCCAGAUCUACUCCUUUACCGAAUAAAAACUAUUAACAAAAGGCUUCACUAAACACGUUUUUAGCCGAGACUUACACACUGAUGCCGUAUCUGAGUCCCGACCGCGACUUGGAAGGCUGUUCCGUAUCUGUAGAGAGGCUGUUCCCCCUGCUGUAGCCUUCACUAUUCAAGGUGCCAAUAAAUAGCCUGCACCUUUAGCUCUAAGUAGGUGUGGUGGGUCAUAAGGGACCAGAAAUCUGCUCAAGUACUGUGGCACAAGACCAGUCAGUGCUUUACAAGUCAAUAGUAGUAUUUUAUAAUCAGUGUGAAAUUUCAUGUGGCGCCAGUGCAGUGUGGAUUUUAGAGAAAAUGUUUCAGGAUCAGUGUCUCCCCCUCCCCUUCCUUCUUCAAAUGCCCGCUAGCUUUAGGGACUUGGAUUCCAUCACAUGAAGUUUUGUGAGCCUGUUUUUUUUUUUUUUCUUCAAUGUUGAACUUGAAAGGACAGCUUGUGAAGCUCAUGGUUAGGGUUACCAUGUGUCAGCAAACACCCCCCCCCCCCCCCCCCCCCCAAUCUGUAACUCCAAAAACCACACAAAGGACUUCAAGCUUUCCCAAAAUGUUUGAGCUGGGGUAAAGGUAGAUGCAUUUUAAUUCUUUUUAUUCAGGUUUUAACAAGUUAACAGUAGUACACAUUUCAUAUUUGCAGUAUGCAGACGAGGAAACGCUGCUCACUGAGCUUAACGAAGUGCACAGCGCUGCGUGUCUCUGCUUGGCUCAGCACAAAUCUGAUCUCUUUUAGGAUGAAUCUGAAAUCUACGCUGAUCAAAGUUUCACACCCAAUGCUCAACUUAAGCUUUGUGAAUUUCCUCUGUGAGCUGAAAAAUAAUAAAGUUACACAGCAUGUUCA